UGUAUGAAUCCAGUCACUCACAGACGGUGCUGUCUUAGCUCGUGUGUAUUGUUGUUGUGCAGCUGAUCAGAAAAAAGAAUAAGAACAAUAAUCGCAAAAGCUGCUGAAGAAUACAAACCUAAGAGGAGCCAGGCUGUUUUGCAUCUGAAAUCUGUGCUCUGUUGAAAAAGUGUUGUUCUCCACCCGUGCAUGUUUAAAUCGGAGUAUAUUAGAGCCGUGUGUCGGCCAGACUUUUAGUUUCAAAGCGAGUGGCAAUAUCAGAAAGGAGGCAUGAUUUUGAGACGGAGUUCCAUUUUUGCUGCGUUUUCCUUACAUGCUUUAUUACUGUGCUUACGAGGAAAGGUGUCUGAAACAUCUGGACACUUCGAGUUGCAGAUCUUAUCGAUGCAGAAUGUCAACGGCGAAUUGCAGAACGGCUUGUGUUGUGACGGCUCUCGGAAUCCAGGAGAUCGAAAAUGCAUAAGGGAUGAGUGCGAUACGUAUUUCAAAGUCUGCUUAAAGGAAUACCAGUCCAGGGUGUCUGCUGCGGGGCCUUGCAGUUUCGGGACAGGAUCUACGCCUAUCAUCGGAGGGAAUACAUUUUCUUUGAAGAACACAAUGAGGAGUGAAAAAGCCAGGAUUGUCUUGCCUUUCAGCUUCGCUUGGCCGCGGUCCUACACCUUGAUAGUGGAAGCCUUGGACUUCAAUAACGACACCGCCGGUGGUAGUAGCGAGAUCAUCGAGAAGGCGGUCCACUCCGGCAUGAUAAACCCCAGCCGCCAGUGGCAGACCCUGAAGCACAACGGGCCCGUGGCCCAGUUCGGAUACCAGAUCCGGGUCACCUGCGACGAGCAUUACUACGGCGUCGGGUGCAACAAGUUCUGCCGCCCACGCGAUGAGUUCUUUGGGCACUACACCUGCGACCACAACGGCAAUAAGACCUGCCUGGAGGGGUGGUCUGGACCCGACUGCACCACAGCUAUCUGCCGGCAGGGCUGCAGCACUGAACAUGGAUUCUGUAAACUGCCAGGAGAGUGCAAAUGUCUGUAUGGCUGGCAGGGGCAGUUCUGCGACAAGUGCAUCCCUCAUCCAGGCUGUGUGCACGGCACCUGUGUAGAACCCUGGCAGUGUCUGUGUGACACCAACUGGGGUGGUCAACUCUGUGACAAAGAUCUGAAUUACUGCGGCACUCACCAGCCCUGCCGAAACGGCGGGACCUGCAGCAACACGGGCCCUGACAAGUACCAGUGCUCCUGUGAGGAAGGUUACUCUGGGGUCAACUGUGAGAGGGCGGAGCAUGCCUGCCUGUCUGACCCCUGCUUCAACGGAGGGAGCUGCGUGGAGACCGGCUAUGGGUUCGAGUGCCAAUGCUCGCCGGGUUGGAGUGGCCCCUCCUGCACCAUCAAUGUGGACGACUGCGCUCCAAACCCCUGCAGCCAUGGAGGCACCUGCCAGGACCUGGUCAAUGGGUUCAAGUGCAGCUGCCCUCCACAGUGGACUGGCAAAACGUGCCUGAUCGAUGCCAAUGAAUGUGAGGGCAAACCUUGCGUGAAUGCCAACUCCUGCCGCAACCUGAUUGGUGGAUACUUCUGCGAGUGCAUACCAGGCUGGAUGGGACAGAACUGUGACAUCAAUAUCAAUGACUGCAAUGGCCAAUGCCAGAACGGUGGAACCUGCAGGGACUUGGUUAAUGGUUAUCGCUGUUUCUGUCCACGUGGCUACACUGGGGAGCACUGCGAGACGGACAUUAACGAGUGUGCCAGCAGCCCUUGCUUGAACGGGGGUCGCUGUCAGGAUGACGUCAACGGAUUCCAGUGCCUGUGUCUGGCUGGUUUCUCGGGUAACCUGUGUCAGCUGGACAUUGAUUACUGCGAACCAAACCCGUGCCAGAACGGAGCGCAGUGCUUCAACCUUGCAACCGACUACUUCUGCAAAUGCCCCGAAGACUACGAGGGAAAGAACUGCUCCCAUCUCAAAGAUCACUGUCGCACGACAAGUUGUCAGGUGAUAGACAGCUGCACUGUGGCCGUGGCCUCCAACAGCACCCCAGAGGGGGUGCGAUACAUCUCCUCCAAUGUCUGCGGGCCCCACGGGCGAUGCAAGAGCCAGGCGGGGGGCCAGUUCACCUGCGAAUGUCAGGAGGGCUUCACCGGGACGUACUGCCACGAGAAUAUCAACGACUGCGAGAGCAACCCGUGUCGGAACGGCGGGACGUGCAUCGACAAAGUCAGCGUGUACCAGUGCAUCUGCGCUGACGGCUGGGAGGGAGUGCACUGCGAGACCAACAUUGACGACUGCAGCACAAGGCCGUGCCACAACGGAGGCACGUGCCAAGACGUGGUGAACGACUUCUACUGCGAGUGCAAGGACGAAUGGAAGGGGAAGACCUGCCACUCCCGUGAGAGUCAGUGUGACGAAGCCACCUGCAACAAUGGCGGGACUUGCUACGACGAAGGAGACACCUUUAAAUGCAUGUGUGCAUCCGGAUGGGAGGGAGCAACCUGUAACAUAGCCAAGAAUAGCAGCUGCCUGCCCAACCCCUGCGAGAAUGGGGGCACCUGUGUCGUCAGCGGUGACUCCUUCACCUGCGUCUGCAAGGAGGGCUGGGAGGGCAACACCUGCACUCAGAAUACCAAUGACUGCAAUCCACACCCCUGCUACAACAGUGGGACAUGUGUGGAUGGAGAUAACUGGUACCGGUGUGAAUGUGCCCCGGGCUUCGCCGGUCCAGACUGUCGGAUAAAUAUCAACGAGUGCCAGUCCUCACCUUGUGCUUUUGGCUCCACCUGCGUGGAUGAGAUCAACGGGUACCGCUGCCUGUGCCCCCCUGGCAGGGCAGGCCCCAGAUGUCAGGAAGUGACAAGACGGCCCUGCAUUUCCAAUGGUCGUGUCACCACCGAUGGGGCCAAGUGGGAGGAGGACUGCAACACCUGCCAGUGCCAGAAUGCGAUGGUCACCUGCACAAAGAUGUGGUGUGGGCCUAAGUCAUGCCGGGUCAACAGCAAAGGCCGCGCAGAGUGUCCCGUGGGCCAAACCUGCAUGCCCAUUAAGGACGACCACUGCUUCGUGAAGCCCUGUCUGGGUCUGGGGGAGUGCUGGCCCUCCAAUCCACCUCCACUCAGAACCAAAUGCCACCCAGGAUCCAAUUUCCUGGAGCACAGCUGCGCUAAUAUCACCUUUACCUUUAACAAGGAGUCCAUGCCACAAGGCCUGACCGUCGAGCACAUUUGCAGUGAGCUGCGGCACUUGUAUGUGGUGAAGAACCUCUCCUCCGAAUUCUUGGUUUCCAUGACAUGCGAACCCUCACCUACUGCCAGCAAUGAGAUCCACGUGGCCAUCUCCACAGAGGACCAGACACUAGACCGAAGCCCUGUGAAAGGAAUCACAGAUAAUAUCAUUGACCUGGUCAGUAAGCGCAACGGGAACAGCACAAUCAUCACAGCCAUCGCAGAAGUGCGGGUGCAGCGAAGACAACCCAAGAGCAAAACCGCAGACUACCUGGUCCCCCUGCUCAGCUCCGUGUUCAUCGUGCUCUGGAUCCUGGCGGUGGGCUCCGCCUUCCUGUGGUGCGUGCGGCGGCGGCGGAAACAGAGCGCCCACGGCAACGCAGCGGCGUCUGCGACAGACGACAACACCACCAACAACGUCCGCGAGCAGCUCAACCAGAUCAAGAACCCCAUCGAGAAGCAUGCGGCCAACAGCGCCCCCAUCAGGGACUACGACGGGAAAAACUCGGUCAUCGCCAAAAUUAGGACACACAACCCCGAGGUGGAAGAGGACAAGGAGGAGAAGCACCUUCAAAAGGCCCGCUUCGCAAAGCAGCCAGCCUACACCCUGGUGGACAGGGAGGACAAAACGGCGCACACCACGCCCGCCAAACACCCAAACUGGACAAAUAAGCAGGACAACAGAGACUUGGAAACGGCACAGAGCUUAAACCGGAUGGAGUAUAUCGUAUAGCAGGCAUUGGCGUUGCCAUGCAACCAGCCCGCUUUGCUCUUAGGCGAAGGGCUCCGAGUUUUUAGUUCUUAAACUGUUGUGUCAUAUUAUGACUCUAAGGGUAUUAUUUACAUAGAAUCCCUGUGUUAAUUUAAGUUUUGACAAGCUGGCUUACACUGGCAAUGAUCGUUGCUGUGGUUGGCUGGAAUACCAAGUGCUGCAUUUCACAUCUAUGCAAAACUAGUGUCAAAUGCCCUUUCAUAAAUCAAGUUUCAAACGUACAUGGUGGGUAUAUUUAAGAGUAUUAAAAAGUGGAUUUCACCUUUCUCCUCUUCAGUCGUAAGCUUUGCAAAGUGAUUGCAAACAGUCUUAAGUCUUUUUUAAUAAAAAUAUAUAUAUUUAAAUGGACCAUAUAGUUUAGUAUUUUCUGUAUUUAUGAGGACUCUAUGGUUGGUGUAUGACUAGUUCUGUAUUUGAAAGUGCCUUUGCAGCUCCAUACCACAGCAACCAUCAAAAAAGUUAAUUUAUUAUUUUUAUUAUAUUUUUUGUGGGGGGGCAGGCUGGGUUACUGUCAGCAGCUGCUGCCAAUAUGAAGAAUUUAAAGUGUCAAUUAAGAGCGUUGUGUAGAUAUGUAAAAAAAUUAAUUAAUCACUGUGUAUAUUUGAUUUAUUAACUUAAUAAUCAA